AUGCGAUGUACACAGGUUGCUAAGGAUCCAUCUUGCAAACAGAUCAAUGCACUGGAGCAGCACAUAAAAAAUCUUCUUUCCCCAUCUACUUCGUUUUUCUUAAACACUCUGUAUGAUCCUUACCGAGAAGGCACAGACUUUGUCCAUGGAUACCCUUUCAGUCUACAUGAGGGUGUACCAACUGCUGUUUCUCAUGGCCUUUGGCUCAACAUCCCAGAUUAUGAUGCUCCCACCCAGCUUGUCAAGCCUCUUGAGCGAAACACAAGGUAUGUCGAUGCGGUUCUGACCGUACCUAAGGGCACCCUGUUCCCUAUGUGUGGUAUGAAUCUGGCAUCCAACCGGGAAAUGAUUGGUCCUGCAAUGUACUUUGGACUCAUGGGUGAUGGUCAACCAAUUGGGCGCUAUGACUAUGACGAUAUGUGGGCUGGCUGGKGCAGUAAGGGUAUCAAAACUGGUUUGCCCUACAUCUGGCACAGCAAAGCAAGCAAUCCAUUCGUGAAUCUUACGAAGGAAUACAAGGGUAUUUAUUGGCAAGAAGAGCUGAUCCCUUUCUUCCAGUCAGUAACCUUUCCAAAGGAAUGCACCACUGUUCAGAUGUGUUACACUGCUAGGCUUGGGGAAGUAGAUCCCUACUUUGCCAAGCUAGCAGAUGCCAUGGUCACAUGGAUCGAAGCUUGGGAUGAGCUCAAUCCACCUGCAAACGCUGCUCAGCUACCUAAUGGCACUGCAUAG